AUGACACCUGUGGGGAAACCAAUUGAAUUGGAACUGGACUUGAUGUCCAAACAACUGAUUCUGAAUGAACCUCAGAUAUCGCCACUACGGGUUUACACACUGGAGCGGCCACUUAUCACAAAAACAAUGUUGCAAUGGACGAUACUUAUCGUGUACAUUAUAUCAUCGAUGUUUGUAACACAUGCAUACAAAAUAUUAGUCGUCAGUCCAAUACCAGGCAAGAGUCAUGCGAUAUUAGGUCAAGCUCUAGUUAAUCAUUUAGCUCAAGCUGGACAUGAGGUGACAUAUAUAGUAUCCCUUGUCCCUGACAAAGCUCCACCAGGAGUAACAAUAAUUAACUUAAGUGAAAAUAAAAAACAAGAUGAGACUCCGCUGAACAUUAAAUCAGUUAUGGAUAAUGAAUUCAAUUCUAACUUCGUUUCCUUCCUGCCGUUGUUAAUGAAUAUUAGUCAAACUACUGUUGAAAAUCCUAAAGUUCAAAAACUAAUGUCAGACAAAAACCAACAUUUUGACCUUGUUAUUGCAGAAUGGAUGUUUAAUGAAGUAUACGUUGGAUUUUCAGCCGUAUUCAACUGUCCAUUAAUUUGGUUGUCAUCGGUAGAACCUCACUGGAUGGUUUUACAAUUAAUCGAUGAAAUUCCUAAUCCUGCAUACAACGUUGACAUAAUGUCUCGUAACGCUCCUCCACUGUCCUUUGCACAAAGGGUUUGGGAACUAUGUGUUCUUAUUUUGGGCAAGCUCAUUCAAGUAUUUUACACAUCUGGUUUUGAAAAAGAAAUUUAUGAAAAUCUUUUCGUACCUCAUAUCCGCAACCGAGGUCACAAUGUAGUACCAUUCGAUGUUGUGAGAAAUAACGCUUCACUAAUUUUAAGUAAUUCGCAUAUUUCAAUGGGUAUUGCUACCAGACUACCUCCGAAUUUUAUACCUAUUGGUGGGUAUCACAUAGAUCCUGUUAUCAAAACAUUACCAGAGAAUAUAUUGAAAAUUAUGGAUAACUCAAAAUACGGAGUCAUUUACUUUAGCAUGGGAACUAAUUUAAAAAGUGCACACUUUCCAAAUGAAGUGAAACAGGCCUUACUGAAAGUAUUUAGUGAAUUAAAACAGACGGUCUUAUGGAAAUUCGAAGAAAACAUACCUAAUUUACCGAGAAAUGUUCAUAUUCUAGAAUGGGCGCCGCAACAGAGUAUUUUAGAACACAAAAAUUGUAUUCUCUUUAUAACGCAUGGUGGUCUUCUUUCGACCACCGAAGCAAUUCAUUUCAAAGUUCCUAUUAUUGGUAUACCAGUAUUCGCUGAUCAGUUUAUUAAUAUAGACAGAGCCGUAAAGAAAGGGUUUGCUAAAAAAGUUGAGCUGACAUAUUCAAUGGCUGAUCAUUUGAAUAUAACAAUUCAAGAAAUGCUGAGUGAUCAAAGAUACGCAGAUAAAGUAAGGGAGUUAUCAGGUAUCUAUCAUGAUAGAACCGUAUCUCCUAGCAAAGAAUUAGUACAUUGGGUCGAACACGUUAUUAAGACAGGAGGUGCGCGACAUCUUCGUACUCCCGCAUUUCUGAUGCCCUGGUACCAGAAGAUGUUUUUAGAUCUAGUUUUAUAUCUAUUAGCUACUAUAAUUUCUAUCAAAUACACAUUCCGAUAUAUAUGUAGCUUAGUUACAAGUAAAAAUUCAAUAAGUGGUAAAAAGAAACGAAAUUAGUACAUAAUUAUAAUUGUUAUUAAAUUUGAAACUGUU